AUGUUAAGAAACCCACUGUACGUGUACGGAGAGGGUGAAGUCAAUGUGCCAGCGCAUUUGAAUUUUGGACAAUUUAUGCUUGAAAAACUAUGGAAUAGCGAAGACAAAAUAGCUAUGAUAAAUGGAAGUACCCAUCAAAAAAUUACAUUCCGUGAUAUGGCAAAGAAUUGUAUAAAUAUUGCCCUAUCUUUGACCCAAAUAGGGGUUAAAAGAGGGGAUACGAUAGCUAUAUGUUCUGAGAACAGGCAGGAAUUUUUAAGUCUGGUGAUUGGUAUUAUUUGUUCUGGAGCCACUAUUACUCCCACUAAUUUGGCGUAUACUAAAGAUGAGCUUACCUACGUCCUCAGUAUAUCAAAACCAAAGAUGAUAUUUUGUUCACCACUCGCAUACAAAACACACCAACAAACUUUCAAAAACCUUAGAUUUAUGAAGAUCGUUGUUUUUGGCAAUGAGAGACUAAGGGGUACAUUGAUGUUCGAGGAUAUGGUCAAAGAUCGUGGUAUUAACUUCGAUAUGUUCGAAUCAGUAAAUGUUACUGGGCAAAAGGACACCGCCCUCAUUUUAUACUCAUCAGGAACUACUGGCCUUCCCAAAGGCGUUAUGUUGACACAUCUCAAUCUUUUGACGACAUGUUCUGUUUCACCUUCAACGAAUCCUAAAGAAAUUGGCCUAUUUAUAGCACCGUGGUAUCACACUAUGGGCUUAGUGGGCAUACUGCGUGUACUUUGUUCUGGUAGCACAUCAAUUUAUUUACCUAAGUUUGGAGUCAAUGAAUAUUUACAAACUAUAGAGAAAUACCGAGUACAACAAAUUAUAGUGCCACCACCAAUUUUAGUGAUUCUCAGCAAGACUGAAUGUAAUUACGACAUAAGUAGUUUAAAAUUGAUAAUAUCAGGGGCAGCACCUUUACGAGAAGAAACUAUAAAAGCUGUUAAAGCCAAAUUCCCAAAUGUUAAAAAUAUAUUGCAAGGCUAUGGUAUGACGGAAUCAACGCUUGCUAUCACCAGGGACACUUACGAUAAAGCACACUCGGCUAAAGGAGUCGGUCAGGUUCUCACCGGGACCGUGAUUAAGGUAGUAGAUAUAGAAACCAGGAAACCUCUCGGAGCAAACAAGCCAGGAGAGAUAUGUGUCAAAGGGCCCACUGUAAUGAAAGGGUACAUUGGAAAGGACAAGAAAGACGAUUUCGAUGAAGAAGGAUUCUUCAAAACUGGUGAUAUCGGUUACUAUGAUGAGGACGAGUACUUCUUUAUUGUGGAUAGGUUAAAGGAACUUAUAAAGUACAAGGGUUAUCAGGUAGCGCCGGCCGAAAUAGAAGCGGUACUAUUGCAGCAUCCUUCAAUACGAGAUGCAGGUGUAGUGGGGGUUCCCCAUGAGAGUGGCGGAGAAGCACCUCGGGCAUAUGUAGUUAUUCAGUCUGCAGCUAAUGUUACUGAAGAAGAAGUGAAGAGCUUUGUAGCAGAAAAGCUUUCAAACCCAAAGCAUCUUCGCGGCGGCGUGCGAUUUGUGAGUGAAAUACCAAAGAACCCUAGUGGCAAAAUUUUAAGAAGACAACUUAAAGGGAUGGCUAAAUUGACAAGCAAAUUA